UUGGGUUUGGCUUGUGAUCUCACUCACACACCUGAAGCUUGAAUCAGAAACUGCGUCUGUCUGUCUGAUUGGCGGAGAUGGAAGGAGGCAGACCGGGAGUUGUCGUCGUCGGUUCCCCUGGUGUCGGCAAGCGCACCCUUCUCUCUCGAUUGCUCUCUGUCGAUUUUGAGGAUUCAUCAUCAACAUCUCAAACACAAGUUCAUGACUGGACGAUUAACACCAAGUAUUACUCUGCGGAUGUAUCUGUAUGGAUUUCAAAUAUUUGCGACGAUGACUACUCUCUCCCUCACUCAGAUCAUCCACUUGUGGCGUUAGUUAUGGUCUUCGACUUGACUCAGAUGUCAACUCUUGUUGCUCUUCAAGAAUGGGUUUCUCAUGCGGACAUCAUCAUCAACAGAUUUGAUAUAUUGUUGUGCAUUGGGAACAAAGCUGAUCUUCUCCCACCUCAUGAUAGUGCAUCACUGGAUGUCAGGGGAACAUGUCUUGACUGGUGCCGCGACAACAACAUUGAGUUCAUUGAGGCUUGUGCAUCUAAUCCUGAUUUUGACAAGUGUUUAUCAGUGGAUGGGGAUACUCAAGGGGUUGAACGUCUGUUUGGUGCACUUUCGGCACAUAUGUGGCCUGGAAUGAUUCUCAAAUCUGGUGAUAAGAUUAAUGAACCUACUCAUGGCCAAGAGUUUUCAGAAGAAGAAGAAUCUGAAUAUGAAUUGGAGUACCAAGUGCUAUCAUCAGGCUCAGCCACCGAUCUAUGUGAAGCGCAUUCAUACUACGCAGAUGCUGGCGGAUCCAACACCUCACCAGAUGUAGAGAUUAAUAAUAUGGUGAAUCCAAAGGAAGUUGAGCUGCGGUCUUCAGGGUCACAGAGUGAGACUGACAUAGCAACAGAUGAGAAACCUUUGGGUUAUGACUUGGAAGAAGUGGAACAGUUGAUGUCAGAAAUAGGGAACAUCCGUGACAACUUGCGGUUGAUGCCUGAUUUUCAGAGGAGGGAAAUAGCUGCAAAUCUAGCCAUGAAAAUGGCUUCCAUGUUUGGAGGAGGAGGAGGCGACGACAGUGAUAGCGAGGAAGACUCUGAGUGGAGCCCGUUUGUAUCUUCAAGUAUUUCAGCAUGAAACCACAUGAGUUUUAAUCCGAGCGAACUUUGUGUCUCUGAUACGUUUAGACUUGAAAGAUGAAAUAAGAAACUUCGGUUAAAUAAAAGUUAAUUUUUUUACCUUA